CUACGCGUAUUUCCGGUGAGAACGGAAGUGGUCGUGUUCCGUCAAAUACUCUUAUUGUAUUAAAAUAUGGCUCUCGGUGGUCGGAAAGUGAUUUCUCGCAGAUGUCUUUGUCUUCAACCAAAUAAGUAGAAGGAAAGCAACAAAAAUCAAUGUGUCACGAGAUAUCACUCUUCGAAAGAGAACGCAUAUGAGGCUUUAUCGAUCUAAAGAGGAGUGAGGCCACCAUGGAGGACUGCUUGCACGCCUCGUCCGAGGACCUGUCCAAGCUGGUGAGCUGGGCCCACAGCCACGGCACCAUCUGCGCCCUCAUCCCCAACCUCAAGCACCUGCUGACCGAGGGCGCCCACGGCAACCUGACCGCCAUGUGGGGCUGCAGCGCGGGCCACGCCUACCACUGGCCCCUGUCCGCCACCUGCAGGACGGGCCCCAAGGAGCGCGCCUGCUACCAGGACAGCCGGAGCGCGGGCUCGGACAGCCUGAGCAUGCAGGGCGGGUCGGGGACCCAGGCCAGCCCCGGGGACCGCUUCCCGGGCCGGGGGGGGGCGUCCAAGGGCAAGGGCGACUGCGGCCAGACGCGGGACUCGUGCGACUUCUCCAACUGCAGCGAGCCGUCGGAGGCCGACGACAACGCGGAGGACUACGGCGGCAACCUGUUCGACAUGGUCUACGAGUCGUCGGCGACCGACGAGGACGCCGACUACGAGCCGCGGCUGCAGAGCGCCGCCGAGUGCCACGCCCUCCGGAAGCGGGGGGCCCCCGGCGCGGCGCCGGGCCAGCCGUGCCGCCCGCGGCCGGAGGAGGCGCCCGGCGAGGCGGCGGUGAAGAAGAUCAAGCAGGAGGCGCAGGAGGAUUAUUACAUCGUGGCCCACGGGCAGCUGGGCGGCGGCGCCGACGGCGGCGGGGGGGCGGCCCACUCCCCGAAGCAGCCCUGCCAGCGGGCGGCCCUGUCCCAGGCCGCGCUCCUCAGGCCGUCCGACGCCGACCCCGCCUCCGCCCGCGCCUCGCCCUCGGGGAACCCCGCGGCCAGACCCCCCCGCGCGCCCCCCCUCCCUGGCUCCCAAACCCGGCCGCCACCGGCAACCGCCCAGCCCCCCAGCAGGCCCGACCCCCUCCCCAGGCCCCCGGGCGGCCCGCCCUGCUGCGGGCCCAACCACGCCUCCAACGUGCCCUUGCUGACCCCCCCUCGGCUCGCGGGACAUGGCGAGCCCUCGGACGUGCCGCCCGGCGAGGAGCUGGCGAAGUCCUGCUGCCCCGCACCCCUGCCGUACGGCGACCCCGACACCUCCCCCGCCUGCCUCAACUCGGACCUGGAGAUCAUUUCCACGCAAGCCCUCGGCGCGGAGCCCAAGUCAGAGGCCUCAGAUUUGGAGGAACGGCAAGCCGAAGCUAACCGAGAGCAGAACGAGAAGACCAUCCGCAGCACCCAGACCGCUCUCCGCAACUUCCGCGACUUCCUCAUAUCCAAGUACCCAUCCGAGACCCGCGAGAUCUACUGCAUCCCGUGCGACGAGCUCGACGCCUACCUGGCCUCCUUCUUCGUGGACGCCCGGCAGAAGGACGGGUCCGAGUACGAGCCCAACAGCCUGGCCAACUACCAGUGCGGGCUGGAGCGCUACCUGAAGGAGCAGCGGUACAGCUACAGCAUCACCCGGGACAAGGAGUUCCGCCGCUCCCAGGAGGCCCUCAAGCAGAAGCAGCUGGAGCUCAAGUUCAAGGGCAAGGGCAACAAGCCCCACAAGUCCAUGAAGCUGACCUUCGCCGACGAACUGAUCCUGAGGAAGAGGGGCUUGCUCAGCCGCUUCAACCCGGAGGGGCUGCUGAACCUGGUGUGGCUCAACAACACCAAGGCCUUCGGACACUGCACCGGCUUCCACGGCUCCUCGCUCAAGUGGGGGGACGUUCGACUGAUCGCCAGUGAAACCGGGCUGGAGUGCUUGGAGUGGAGCUACCAAGAGUACACCGACGGCAACACCAAGACCAAACGUCCCGGGACCGAGUGCCGCAUCUAUGCCACCCCCCACGCCCCCCAGACCUGCCCCGUGCAGGACUACAAGGAGUACGCCCAGCGGAGACCUCAGGCCAUGCUGUAUGAAGACGCCCCCUUUUACCUGUCCAUCAAGCCAGUGGUAAACCUGGCCGCCCUGCACUGGUACAACAGCCAGGCGCUGGGGAAGAACAAGCUGGCCAAGAUGGUUAAGACCAUGUGCGAGAAGGGCAACAUCCCGGGGAGGAAGACCAACUUCAGCGUCUACCAGAGCUGUAGCACUCUGUCCGAGGCCCAGAGCAACCAGCUAGUGCUGAUCUGCAAUAACCUCAGCCAGCAGGCCUCUCAGUCCAGGAGCUCCCAUCCAGGUGCUACCAAUUUUGUCAUCGCUGGGUCCUUUGACUCCUCCGACAACAUGUGAGUCCCGCCAUCCUGUUGGGAGCAAAGUUACAAGUCGUGUCUUUGUCAGGAAGUGGACGUGGCUCAGAAUGACUGGAUUGGGCUCCUCUACGGCUUUGUAGUUCCAGAAUUGUGCGUUCUGUGAGAAUCUAUCCUCAGUGUGGGCUUCUUUUCUCUUCAGAAUCCUUUUUCAAGGAGACAUUUGAGUGGGGAAAGGUUCCAUUUUUAUUCUUCUCUAGUUUCAGUAUAUCUAGCUAAGCAGAUAGAUAAAGUACUUUUAUAAUAUAUAGGUAUUCGUUCCAUCAUUUCAUGAAUACACUGUGCAUCGGAAAACGUCAUCACAAUGCGUGUUUUAAAAAAGUAAAACAUAUCGAUUUUGAUGAAAUUCCGGAACCAAUUUGAUAAAAACUAAACAAAUGACUGGCUGUGAUGAGAUUGAGUGAGCGGUGCAUAAGCACUACACCUCGUUAGUGAGAGAGAUGAUUGGGCACAAGCGAUAAAAUUUUACCUAUUUGAAUACUGAGCUGUGUAAAAAGUUAGAGAACAGAUGAAGGAACCAAAUGUGCCCAGUUUAAGAGAACAAUGCCUUAGUGCCAUAGGUAUGUUAAGAGAAUGUACCAAGUCAGCACACUGUCACUUACCUACUGUCCCAUUUUUCUUACAUCCAUUAAUCUUUGUAUCAUACUGUAAGCACCAGAACACAAUUCUGUGGGCUGCUAGUGCAAAAGAGAGUUUCUCACCUAUAUAUUAUUUUAAACUUUAACGAAAGUACAAAUAUAUGGGUGUAUUUUCUCACCCAAAUGUCUCUAGCAGGGAAAUAUACACAGGACCACUGACGAUCCAGGAUGUUUCAUGUUACCCCGUCAUGCCGCCAUUUUGGCAUGUUAUAACGUAAAGAGUGUUUGCGCUUCCAUUUUUCAUUUACAAUAUAUCUGUAAGACAACUAGACAAGUUGACUCUGUGAUUUAAAGUGUGAAUGUAACUUAAAUAUAUAAUCAUUACAUUGUAUCAUCACAGUUAUGACUUCCCUUUCACACGUAACACUCAUAUGUUCAAGAGUUUAUGGACCUCAGGUGCAGAAGCAUCACACACAGAUGUGUUCCAUUCUCCAGUGAAAUAUGUUCAUAAUCCAUACUGUAAAACUUAAGGCUGUACCUAAAAGCCAUAAUUACAAAUAUUGUCAACUCUGUUAUGGCAUAGAGUCCUGUGCCAUCUUCCUUCUCUUGGAUACUACAAACUUACCUGGAAUUUAGCUCCACCUCCCCUGGUGUCUGGUCAUUUUUUGAAAUAUCACCAUGGCAAUGGAUCACUGUUAAUUUACAGAUCUCAUCCAAUCACAUCCUUUACUAUACUGGCAUUAUAACACAUUUUAUAAUGAUUUUUUUUAUUUUGAGUAAAAAAUAAAACUCCAAGUCAAUAUUCAUGAACUGAUUUUGACUCAUCCAUUGAAAUUGUUCAUGAAGGCUACAGUUCGGAAAUGUGUCAACUUACAUAGUCUUUGUCACAGCUUCUGUUUCAUUCAGAAUAAUAUAGCCUAAA